AUGGCAACAACUGUUACAAGUACACAAACUACUACGAAUACGAAUACGACUGCCCAACAAGUAGAUAACAAGAAAUCAGUUAUCCAGAUGAACAUGAAUUUCACGAGUACAUUCAAUGAUACGCACAAUACAAAUGUAUCUAAACAACCUAAAGAAGCAUUUGUAACUUUUAGUAAUAAUCAGCCAAGUUAUUUAGCUUUGCUCAAUGUUUUAUUAGAUUCUGUUCAUGCUUUUUCGACACGACCUAUUAUAGCGUUUGGAAUCGAUGUUGAUCUAAAUAUUGAUGAAACCAAAUAUCCUCGUGUUAUCAAACGACGUAUAGCACAAAGUGAUUGUGGACCGUCUGUCUAUUUUUGUAAAAUACAUGCUAUUGUGAGUAGUAACGUUGAAUAUGGUGUUCUCAUGGAAACUGAUGACGUUGUGAAUUAUAAUGUCGACGUGCUCUUCGAUGUUCUUCAUGUAUGGCCAUAUCCAUUACCAUUGAGUCCACGUCAUCCCGAUGAUCCACAAAACUAUGAUUUAUAUAUGAAAAGACAUAACGUUUCGAACCGUACAACACCCUACAUUCAUGCUCACAUCAUUUGGAACUAUCGUGCUAUGCCAUUUUUAAAAAGACUUCAGUCUCUUUUACAACAAGGUGAUUUUCAAGGUGCCAAUUUUGAUGAAACAGCUGUUAAUGUUAUGUUAUGGAAAGCGGGAGCUAAUCAUACACUAUGCAAAUAUGAUCCUUACCAUACUUAUGGUGACGCUUAUAUAAGGUGGCCUAAGAUAACAAACUGUUCACAAUAUUGCUACACAGCAUUCAUUACUCUGCACGGUUGUAAAGAGCACCAGGUUUCAUCAGAACUUUUAACUACACUUAAAGCGAAUGCCGGUAAACCAGUUGUACAAACGUUUGGUAUGGGAGGCAUGAAGCAUAUCAAUGACGCAACUGCAACGUGUUGCUAUCCAGAUAGUAAACCAUCACCUAUUCAUCCACUACUAUGUGAACACAAUCUACUAAAAUAA